AUGCCUCACGCUGAGAACUAUGACUCGACUGAGCCUAAGAAGCUCAUCCUUUGCUUCGAUGGCACGGGGAAUACCUUUAGUGGCUCUAAUGCGGAUACAAAUGUGGUCAAGAUUCUUCGCAAGUUGGAUCGUAACCAUCCCAGCCAGUUCCACUACUAUCAGACGGGCAUUGGUACCUAUGAUAUCAAUGAGCAGUCGGUGAACAAGACCUAUCUUGGUGAAUUCGCCAGUAAUAUUUCAAAGACAAUUGAUUCAGGUUUUGGAACUACUUUCGACGCUCACGUUAUUGCUGGCUACCGCUUUCUCAUGCGUUACUACGAACCUGGAGCAAAGAUCUAUGUCUUCGGCUUCAGUCGAGGCGCAUACACUGCCAAAUUCCUCGCCAGGAUGGUCAACAAGGUUGGCCUUCUUUGCAAAGGUAACGAGGAAAUGGUCCCUUUUGCCUACCGUCUGUACCAGCGCCAUCUCCAAGGCGAGAUAAAUGACAGCGAGAAUGCCCAGUGUGCCCACAAGCACGACAGCUCAGAGGCAGAUACUCAUCGCCCCGCUGACACUGUUCGUCUGCCCGGCCAGGACCCUUCUGAUGUCAGCAAGGAGACCAGGCAGGCUUCCAAUGAGAUUGAUGCUUUUAGCCAGACCUUCUGCCGUAAGGAGACAGACGCAGAUGGUGAGGAGGAAAAUAUCAAGGUGUUCUUCCUGGGCAUCUGGGACUGUGUUGCCUCUGUUGCUGUUCUGGAGCGUAAAGCUCGUAUGCCUGUUCCUGUUACCGGCACGGCUACUCAUGUUCGUCACGCCGUGGCUAUUGAUGAGCGCCGUGUCAAGUUCAAGCCUGCUCUUCUCGCCCAGGACAUCAGAGCUGCUAUCCACAACCACAAGCCCUCUGCCGAGGAAGACAUCAAAGAGGUCUGGUUCCCCGGUAACCACGGCGAUGUCGGCGGCGGCUGGCCCGUCCAGGUAGUAGAGGAGCAAAAGGUUAACUCCCAAACCCCCCUGCUAUCCGACACCAAUGGGGCAGCCCCCGAUGGAAAGCCUGAAGCUAAGAGGCUUUCCCUCUGGGGUCGUAUCAAGAACUUCUUCAAGACGUCGAGGGCUGACCAGGCGAGUACGGACGUCAACGACGAUUGGCUGCAGAUGAGUGACAUUCCUCUUGAGUGGAUGAUUCGUGAGGUCAAGAAGUGUGGCGAGAAGAAUGAAAACCUCCAGGCCGGAGUGCAUUGGUGUCAUAGUCUUGAGCCGUUUGAACAAGCCAUGAAGGAUUCCACCCGGAGAAUGGAAGCAACUCACGGAUUCAUGCAUGAUUGUCUUGCCUUUGGCUACGGAACUGGAUUCGUCAAGGUUCUUAUGUGGAAAUUCAUGGAAUGGCUUCCUUUCCUAACCCGCUGGGAACUUGACGACACCACCAACAAGAACGUCAAGUUCUUGGGAUGGAAAGCAGUAACAUUCCCUCCUAACGGUGGCUCAUACCGUGACAUCCCACGCGGUGCAGUCCUGCACCAGUCAUUGUUGGAUCGUCUUCAGACCUUCUCUACAUACGAGCCUGGGAACAACCACGGUGACCAGACUAAGGACUGCUUCAAGGGUCGCAACAAGGCGCUUGUCUACACCGGCAAGGACAUGGAAGAUCCCCCGCUUACGGAAAAAGGCGAGGGCCAAUGCUCUCUCCUCCGGGAGAACCUCCUCGAGACUUUCUCCGAUGCAGUAGAAAACCCUGAUGCUGUGGCAAUCAUCGUGAGUCCUAUGCGGCGUACGCUCCAGACAGCUAUGCUUUCUCUUGGCUGGCUGGUCGAACGGGGCGUUAAAAUCGAAGGAAACGCAGACUGGCAGGAAAACUCGGCCAAGCCUUGUGAUACAGGAAGCCCCAUCUCUUCCGUCUCGCCAGACUUCCCCAAAGUCAACAUGUCCAAUGUCGAUGCCCUGUGGCCAGAUAAGACAUCACCAGCUGCUGAGCGCUACGCAUACUCCAAGAAGUCUAUCUUGGCUCGAGGACGUCGUGCCCUUGAGGAUCUCCACAAAAGACCUGAGAAGCUCAUCUUUGUCGUGUCGCACUCUGGGUUUUUGAGACUUGGUGUUGUGGGAUAUUGGUUCUUUAACAGUGACUACCGUGUGUUUGAUUUUGAGGCAGAACGCGGUGACGAGGGCGAAUUGAGAGUUAAACAACAGGACCGGACGCUUUCUGGUGGUUUAGGUCUUUCGUUCACCGACCCUGUUGCUCUUGGACUUGAUUUGCCUGAGGAGGACCCUGAGGCUGAUCCGAGUGCCAAAGAAUAA